UCAGGUCAUUUGGAGGAUUUAUUGGAAUUGUUACGAGGUUCGGCUUGACGGUGGCGUCGGUUAGGGUUGGUAUAGAGGGGCGGGUAGCGGGAUGCACGCCAAUGUGCAAUGUGAUCGUAAUUCUUGGCGACUGCCCCCAGAUGAAACACUGCAGGUUGCCGACCCUAAGGCCAAAAAGGCCGAGGUAGGUAGCGAAGAGGAGCUAGCAUUGCACGGCGACGAGGGACAUAACUGGUGGUCCAUUAUAUUUUCCCUCCUUGUAAUUGGUUUGGUAAUUGCCGGAAUCAUUACUGCUAUAUACCUCUUAGGCUACGUAGAUGAACUACUUUACUGGCAUGGGAAACGAAUGGAUCUUGAUGAAUAUCUUCAGGGCUCGACAGAUACAUUCGGCCGCUCGCCGGCGGCGAGUAGGUAUAAUCAUCCGGGACAUUUAAGUCCGGGGAGAUUACCACCAGCGUGGAUAUCAAGUACACACUUCGUUUUCCAAGCCGACGAUGGUGGCCUUGCUGUCUUAGAUACUAGCAACUUUACAAUCUCUUUACUAGUUACAAACCAUACAUUGAGACAAUUAAACGUUCGUGGUUACCAAUGCACCAAGGACCUUAAAUAUGUGCUUUUUCAACAUAAUGUUAAACAA